CGAACGCGCGUGCUGCAGUGUGUGCUCUUUCGUGCGUGUGGCUGGAUUCACAGAAGGCAAAAAAAGAAAGUCAUAACAAUUGCAACUCGAGUGGUUAUGAUAUAUAGAAAUCUCAGUGUGUGCGACAGUAGCAUUGACUUACAUCGGUAACCGUAAAAUAAUACAUAUCCAUCGUUACAUAUGCGUGGCAAUAAUACAUAAUUGGAGCAGCGCAGCAACGUCGUGCCCCAAGGAGCCGUCUGCGGUAUUAUCGCACACGCAGGACAUCCUAGCAGUAGGAGUCGUAGGUGGAGGGGGGGAGGACAUAAGUGCGUACGAAGAAGGAGGUGGACUGGUGCCAGUGGCAGCGGCAGCAGCAGCAGCAUCAGCAGCGCGAAAAGACUGGUGUGUUUUCUGCCGCGAGAGUGUGCGUGCGCUGCUAUAUACGGUGCUUUUAUAGGUACACACAUCGCAUCGUCGUCGUCGUAACGGGACACUAAUACUGUUGCCGAGAUCGUAUAUAACCCAACAAGCCGCUAGCAGCAGCAGCAGCAGCAGCAGCAGCAUAUUAUAGAGAAUAUAAUUCGUCCGCCGCCACCGCCGCCGCCGCCGCCGUGUAACUACAGUCGAUCGCCGUGUACACUCGUACACAGACGCACACGUAUACAGCUUAUACACGGAUUUAUACACACAUAUAUAGAUAAUAUAAAUACAUAUACAUCCUUUCGCACAGUAUCAAUCCACGACUUGAGCUGCAAACAUGUCGAACGAGGAAACUUCUGCCGAUCGCAAUGUCGAAAUCUGGAAGAUCAAGAAGCUCAUCAAGAGCUUGGAAAUGGCCAGAGGAAAUGGCACCAGUAUGAUUUCUCUAAUCAUUCCACCAAAAGAUCAAAUCUCUAGAGUCAGCAAAAUGUUGGCCGAUGAAUUUGGUACAGCAUCCAAUAUUAAGUCUCGAGUCAACAGACUUUCCGUCCUUGGUGCCAUUACGUCUGUACAGCAUAGGUUGAAAUUAUAUACCAAAGUACCUGCAAAUGGUUUGGUCAUCUACUGUGGAACAAUUGUUACGGAUGAAGGCAAAGAAAAGAAAGUCAAUAUUGAUUUUGAACCUUUCAAACCAAUCAAUACAUCCCUUUAUCUUUGUGACAACAAGUUCCACACUGAAGCUCUCACAGCAUUACUUGCUGAUGACAAUAAAUUUGGUUUUAUUGUUAUGGAUGGUAAUGGAGCACUUUUUGGUACACUCCAAGGAAAUACAAGAGAAGUUUUGCAUAAAUUUACAGUGGAUUUACCCAAAAAGCACGGUAGAGGAGGUCAGUCAGCUUUACGUUUCGCUCGAUUGCGUAUGGAAAAGCGUCACAAUUAUGUGCGAAAAGUAGCUGAAGUAGCAACACAAUUGUACAUUACAAAUGAUAAGCCAAACAUUGCCGGACUCAUUCUUGCUGGUAGUGCUGACUUCAAAACUGAGCUUAGCCAGUCUGACAUGUUUGACCCAAGAUUGCAAGCUAAAAUCAUCAAGCUAGUCGAUGUUUCUUAUGGCGGUGAAAAUGGUUUUAAUCAAGCCAUUGAACUCGCAGCUGAGUCGUUGCAGAACGUCAAAUUUAUCCAAGAAAAGAAACUUAUUGGUCGUUAUUUCGAUGAAAUUUCUCAAGAUACGGGUAAAUACUGUUUCGGUGUUGAAGACACAUUGAGAGCACUCGAAUUGGGUAGUGUUGAAACACUGAUAUGUUGGGAAAAUCUCGACAUUCAAAGAUACGUUUUGAAAAAUCACACAAACGGCGAAGAGAAAGUUCUUCACUUGACGCCUGAACAAGAAAAAGACAAAACGCACUUUACAGAUAAAGAGAGCGGCGUUGAAUUGGAGCUGGUGGAAUGUCAACCUCUGUUGGAAUGGCUUGCAAACAAUUACAAGAGCUUUGGCGCAACCCUAGAAAUUAUUACAGACAAGUCUCAAGAAGGUUCUCAAUUUGUGCGAGGUUUUGGUGGCAUUGGAGGUGUAUUGCGGUACAAGGUAGAUUUUCAGAGUAUGCAGUUGGAAGAAGAUGAAUUUGACAAUUUCGAUUACGACGACGACUACUAAGCUGCUCCUGCUCACAGUUUUGGUGAUUUUUGGACGGCAAAAUUAAAUUUAAAAAUCACGUACGAGUGGAGAAUAGCUAUACAUAUUACAUCUAGGAUUUACAAGAAAAUACUGAAUUUUGCAACAGUGGCGCCUGAAAGACUGUCUCUUUCUCUUUAUCGUUCCAAAAUGAAAAAUACGAAGAUAGUAUAUGCUUUGAACUUCGUUUUUUUGAUGUCAAAAAGAAAAUAACACCUAAAUGUGGUUCUGUGAACUUUAGACCAAAUGAAGGAUACAGAGAAAGAGAAGACUCUGGUGCUGUGCUCUAACAAAAAAUUUAAAUAAAAUAAUAGUCUGUGUUUGUGCUUUAAUGACACGACAUAAAAAGACUGCUCAACUUAAAUGGAAAUAAUAAAAGUAAAAAAAAUAAUAAUAAAGCCAGCUUGCUGCCUGCCUGCGACGUUGCACCGACGAUCUAUAUAUAUUUACGGUCCAUUUUCUAGCAUAACGUUGGCCCAUCGUCGAGGCUGCUCUGAAACUCGUUAAACAGCGCACGAGAUAAAUCAAUAUUUUUAGUUGAUCAAUUUAGUAACUCCUUAUAACUGUCGUAAAAAUAUUUUUACUCCCACACAAUAAGAAUUUUACAGUUUUUUUCUUUAUUGUUGUCAUUCUGUUACUGUUAGCUUUUGAGAAGCAAAUCAUCUCUUAUUGUUUUUGUGCUUUUAAAUUAAAUCAAACAUAGUUAAUGGUUUAUGAAUUUGCCAACGACUACAAAAUCUUGUAAUUAGAUAUUUAUCCUUGAAUGAUGGCAAUUGCAUGACAGCAUGGACAAAAUUAUUUGACCUGUCAAGCAAAUUGCUGUAGUGUGAAGAAUGAUGAAUGGAAUGUAAUAAACCGAUAAGUACCACCAUCAUGGUGUACGAUAUUUAAAAUACUUUGAAUAAAAAAAAUGUUACAUAAUUAAAACAAAUGAAAAAGUA